AUGAAGCUGGAAGAGUUCCUUCGUACAAAGGGCACGGUUCGACUGACGGCUGCUGAUGCCAAGGCUGAAGCCAAGAAACUGGAGCAGCAGGAGGAGGAGAUGAGGAUCUACAAUAACUAUGUUAAUAUACUGGAUGCUUUGAAGGAGUUCGCUGGUGAGGAUGACGUGGACAAACUCAUCCAGGAGUUCACACGUCGCGAGGAGGAGAACUACGCUCUGUUCAACUACAUCAACGAGGUCUGCACCGAACUGAAGAAUCUCAGUGAUAACGUCAAAAUGUUGAGAGCUAAUAUUGAGGAAGAAACGGCCAAGCACCAAGCUAAACUCUUCCAGCAGCAGGACAGCAUCGAGUCACUGCGCAGUACUCUGGAAGAGAAGCGACAAGCCACUGCCGACGCGCGCGCCAUCUGUGAGAGAAGCUCGCAAGUUCUCACCACUUUGUUGCAGCAAAUACAUGCGUUGGCGCUGACAUCUGAAUGCGAUUCCCUACCACUUCUGAAGCUGCUGGGCAAAGCGUUUGACAUCAACGUGACGAACGCUCGCCUCUACAUCAAGAGUUUGGAGAAGAAAGUACUGGAGAUCAUCGACAUCAUCAGGAUUGAUGAGUUGAUCCAGCGUCAGACGGAAUCAAAGGAGCGUACUCCACCAUCGACUCGACGUCGUCGUGGCCGCGCCGCCCCGCCCGCCCGGCCUAGAGACUCAGUCGCUGCACAAGCUUAA